GCAGACGGCCGCUUUUUUAAAAAAAACAGACAGUCUGACCCCCUCAUCAACAAGCCACUUCCUCUUUUGUCUAAUUUCAUGGCGAUCGGGAGAGAGGGAACACCACCGACGGACGCACACUGUCUCGGCACUCCUGAAAGAGUUUAUCUGGGUUUAAACUAAGUUGUCAACCUUCUUGGCACACAAGACGUUUCCAGGUGAUACUAGGCGGACGUCAUUAAAGAGCCCCCUCCAGCUCCCAGACUUGUUAUUCGCUGUCCCAGGUUAAGACUCCUUGGUCUAUGGCUCUGAUGGACAAAACCAAACACGUCAAGCGGCAGAGACUUGACCGCAUCUGUGAAGGUAUCCGACCCCCCAUCCUGAAUGGGCCGAUGCACCCUCGGCCCCUGGUGGCCCUGCUGGAUGGGCGCGACUGCACUGUGGAGAUGCCCAUCCUCAAAGACGUGGCGACCGUGGCUUUCUGCGACGCUCAGUCCACACAGGAGAUACAUGAGAAGGUGUUAAAUGAAGCUGUGGCUGCUCUGCUGUAUCACACUAUAACUUUAUCCAGAGACGACUUGGAAAAGUUCAAAGGCCUACGGGUUAUCGUCAGGAUCGGCUCGGGCUUUGACAACGUUGACGUCAAAGCAGCCGCUGAGCUCGGCAUCGCUGUCUGUAACGUGCCGGCAGCCUCGGUGGAAGAGACGGCCGACACGUCGCUAUGUCUGAUUCUCAACCUGUACAGGCGGGUCACCUGGAUGCACCAAGCCCUGAGGGAGGGAACCCGGGCCUCCAGCGUGGAGCAGAUCAGGGAGGUGGCUGGAGGCGCUGCUCGAAUCCGCGGUGAAACGUUGGGCAUCAUCGGCUUAGGACGUGUUGGCCAGGCUGUGGCCCUGAGGGCCAAGGCGUUUGGAUUUAGCGUAAUCUUUUAUGACCCAUACCUGCCUGACGGCGUCGAGCGCUCGCUGGGCCUCCAGCGAAUGGCUACGCUGCAGGACCUGCUCAUACACUCUGACUGCGUGUCCCUGCACUGCAGCCUCAACGAGCACAACCACCACCUCAUCAACGACUUCACCAUCAAACAGAUGCGUCAAGGAGCGUUCCUGGUGAACACGUCAAGAGGCGGGCUGGUGGACGAGAAAGCUCUGGCUCAAGCCCUGAAGGAGGGCCGGAUACGUGGAGCCGCCCUGGACGUGCAUGAGACAGAACCUUUCAGUUUUUCAACGGGCCCCCUGAAGGAUGCCCCCAACCUGAUCUGUACCCCUCACACAUCCUGGUACAGCGAGCAGGCUUCAGUUGAGGCUCGUGAAGAAGCAGCCAGAGAAGUGCGCCGGGCCAUCACUGGUCGUAUCCCUGACAGCCUGAAGAACUGUGUGAAUAAGGAGUAUCUGAUGGCCGCCUCCCAGUGGCCCACCAUGGAGGCAGCUACUGUUCACCCAGAGCUUAACGGAGCCGCCUACAGAUUCCCCCCAGGUCUGAUCAAUGUGGCAGCAGCAACGGGGGGCCUGCCAGCAGGCACAGGCGUGGAGAGCCUGGUUUCAGGAACCCUGGCGCACGGCAUCGCCCCCGUCACCCACCCCCCUCACGCCCCGUCCCCGGGGCAGCCCACUAAGGCUGAAGGCGACAGAGACCUCCCCUCCGACCAAUAGCCCCCUCUGCCAGCUCUGGCACAUUCCGUCAUCUCUGGAAACCAAACCCUCGUCGUCCCCGCCGGCCCCGUCCUCCGCCUCGCCUCGCCCCUUCAGGGUCAGACACAAAGCGACGCUCCGGUGCACGGGAAGCACCAGUCUGACCCAUCGGUCCUUCGUCUGAUCAGACAACCAGCCCAGGAGUGACCCAUCUACACCUAUCCAUCACCCCCCACAUCCCUCCAUCCUCAUCUCACGCACCGUCAGACAACACCCCUUCACCCCCCACAAUGUCAGCAAUAACUGUGUUCUCAAGGAUUCAAUUAUUGGAUUGGUUUUACUUCCUUAGCUGGCUGUUGUUUUAAUGGAAAGUUGAUCUUUUGUGGUUCUAGGUGUUGCUGUUUUGCUUUUUCCGACAUGAGGCUUUAGUCUGCUGCCUCCAGCAGGAACAGAACAGUCGAAGCUCCACUUUGUACAUUAAUGGCUCGUGUUACUACUCUCUUCUUCUUCUUCUGUUGUUGUUUUUUAGUUUUGAUUUCCUGGCCCCUAUCUGCUCGUAUUAUGACUGGGGGAAACUGCUUAUUACAGUAAGGCGGUCAGAAUCUAGCCACCCUCCAUCCCUUAAACCUCCUUGGCAUUAUUAGCUUGCUCAGCAGAGGGUUUAUAAUGCAGUCUGUGUGGAGCUCUCUUAACUGUGAAACUCUAUAGCGUUAAACCAUUUAAAGAAUGAAAUCCCCCUUUUAAGACUUUUCUCCCCUUAUUUGUUCAAAGGUUUUCUAGCAAGCAGCUAGAGACGGACCCAUUUGGUUUUGGUCCCCAAAAGAAACUCUAAAUCAAGCCAGCAGAGGGCGCCCUCUAUCUGGCCUCCCGGUAACAGAUCAUUGAUGCUACUUUAAGUGAUGCAACGUAACAAACACGGAGAAACUGACUUAAAAUUUGCUAAGAUUUCACCACCCUGCACAUCCUCAUCCUCUCGUAUCAUGGCUCUCCCAGCACACUCGCACACACCAGUUCGCAUCCACCAGUCCCUUCAGGUGUGACAGGACAGUAUGGGUCAGAUUUCCUGCAGGAGCAAACAGCGGCUAGCGUUCCUGCAUGCUUGCAUCUUCAAGACAGUGGUGUGCGUGUGUGUGUGUGUGAGAGUGAGGUGUUUCCUCCCUCACUCUUGUUGUUGUCGUUCCAAAGGAGUCGUCCCUUACAGUUAACUCUUAAAACGCUGUUGCCCUGGUGUGAAGGGAACACCUUUCUAGUACCUCAUUAACAGAUAUUGAAUGUACCGUGCAUACCCUUCUACUUUUUGUUUUGUUUUGUUCUGUUUUUGUACAGAUUUUCUAGAUGAAAUUGUAGCAGUCAUGACGAAAUUGAACGGAGAGAGAAAAAAAACGACAUAAAAGCCCAGUUGAAAUAAAUUUGAAAACUACUCAGGCGUCACUAACAACGUGCAUCUGUUUGCCUUUUUCACUCAGCUUAGCACAAUUGUCAGACUUCAUGCUUUUAAAAAGUGAUGUAAAAAUUAGCCGAUGAAGUGGAACAACUUGGACUAGGACAGUGGUAGUACAUACUUAAUGAGGUUUGACCCCCUUCUUCAUCAAGCUGCUGUCUCUAGUGCAUGUGAAGUCAUUUUUACGGGGGAAUCAGACUUCCCCUCCGCCCCCAACCCUGUCUCCCUCUCCAUCGAAGUGUUUCUCCUUCUUUUCUUCGGUCGUAGUCCGUUUCCAGUGAUGUACAGUUUGUCCCCCUCAGAGUCUAUGAGCAACAGGUGGCUCCUCUGUCGUGUGAUAAGUAUAUAUUUUUAAAUAAAAGAAAAACAAAAAACAAAAAGUAAUCCCCAUAGUUUGGAUUAUAAUCUUAAAAUCUCCUGUUGGUGAUGAUAUAUAUUUUCCAGUCCAGCGGUGCACUGUUGUUAAAACCGUUUUUGUUUUUAAAGGAUUAGCUCUCCGUGUUCGACAUGUUGUACUGAAACAUUUCAGAGAAAACGAGAUCCCCGCCUGCCCCCCGCCCCCCACCUACUCCUUUUU